CUUAACAUUUAGCCACUAUGGUGACUUGGAGGCCACUCUUGGAGGUGGGAGUUUGGAUCAUGUCAGAUGAUGGUCUGUCCAGGACUCUGCUUCCCGCAUUACUGCUGUGAUCUGUUACUCACUAUGUCUUUGGUUAAUACAACAAAGACAAUCAUUGAUGAUGGUUUUCUCCGGGUAGUAUUUGAAGAAGGUAGGAAAUCCACUGACUGCAACAGAAGCCUAGGCUCUGGUGAUUAUUCCAGGAUCGGUGACAAUUCGCAUCAAAGCACCAAUUAUAGCAGAAGUUUAAGUUCUCAUGAUUACUCAGAAGACUUUCUCUCGGGAUAUUCAGAAAUCUCUGAUAAUGGCAAUGAUUUAAAACAGUAUGAGAGCAAAGAAAAGAAGAAGAUAAAAAAAACUGUUUGCAAAGUCUUCCAACCUAAAGGAACCAAAGAAACUUCAUCUGAAAAGGUACAAAACUGGAAAAUGCCAUUAUUAAAUCCCCAAGUCAAUAUGAUUAGUAAAAGAAGAGAUGCCUUGACUCACCGCAUAAUGUCAGCAAGAUUACAUAAAAUUAAAGAACUGAAAAAUGAAAUUGCUGACGUCCAGCGAAGACUGGAAGCAACAGUCAUGGAAAACCAGCUGCUGAAACGGCUGCAGUUUAGGCACUUGAAAGCAAUUGGAAAAUAUGAAAAUUCACAAAACAGCUUACCCCAAAUUAUGGCAAAACAUCAGAACGAAGUAAAAAAUUUAAAGUUUCUUCUCCGAAAGUCUCAAGAGAAGGAACAGAAUUUGUCCAGAAGACUUAGAGAAGUUGACAUGGAGUUAUUGAAAACUAAAGACUCCUUGCAGUCUCUGCAGAAACUUUCAGAAGACACAAAUCUUGCAGAACGAGAGGAACUUACACAAAGAUUGUCCAUCCUUACAGUAAAAAUGGAGACCAAUGAAAAAAGAAUUCAGGGCCUAGAAAAACAGCUGAAGUUAAACAGCAAUGCCUUUAGUCGUCAGUUGGCAGCUGAGAACAGAAAAACUGUAGCAGCCCGGACAGCUACCAGGAACUUACAAAUGGAAAUAAAAUGCCUUCAACAAAAACUAAAGGAAAAAGAUCGAGAACUUGAUAUAAAAAAUAUAUAUACUAAUCGGAUUCUUCAAAAUUUUCAUGAAAGAGAUGGUCAACUAAAAGAUUCUACAUUAACCAAAUCAGGACAAGCUGAGAAGGAAUGUUUUUCAUUAGUACAUCCGACAAAUCAAAAAAAGAAAGAAAUGAAGGAUACUGCACCCGUGUCAACUAAGGUGAAAAAGGCAACAGAAAGUUGCUCGCAAAAAGAAAAAGCAACUGAAAUAUGCUUUGAAGAAAAACAAAAUCCAGAUAUACAUCCCAUCAAUAAAUCACCUAAGCAAGAGGAACUUAAAAGAAUACAAGAACCAGGCGGUGAACAGUCGUUGAGCUCUUCGUCGUGCACCUGGAACGUGGGGCUCGUUGAGGCCAUUCCGAAGGUUCUGGAUUUCCCAGAAUUACCGAAGGGAGACAGACACGUGACGGCAAUGCACACGCCUCCGGAGAAUGUUGCAGAGCAAAUAGAGACAAAGGAGGAGCAGGAAGAGAAAGUUGGCUUCUUGGGAGAAGACCUGGAGAAACCGGCAAAAGGAGAGCAGGUUCCACAUGUAGUUACUCCCGAAAAGGAUAGUCAAGAGCAAGAUGUAAUGGGUAAAAAGGAAAUGAGCAGUAUUCACCUAAAAGACACCGAUGAGGUGCCCAGUAAACACAGGCUUAAAAGGAGCAGAAUACCUAUUAAACAGAGAAAAUAUUACUCAUUCACAGAAGCCAUUGAAAAUCUGCACCAAGGCCUGCCUGCUUCUGGGGUAACAUCAAGCGCAACCUCCAUCCGCAACGGUCGCGGCCUAAAGAAGUCGGACGAGCUGGCCGAGCUGAAGCUAGAAAGUUCAGAGGGGGGCUACGUGCCAUCAUUUGGCCGAACUUCCAAACCGAAGCAACAAGAGACCCCAGAAGAGAAGUGUGGAAACUGUAUUGCCACAGCUUUCAAGGACAGGAAAAGCAGCCUUAUGGAAGAACUCUUUGGGUCAGGCUGUGUCUUCAAAAGCAGUCUUUCAAAUCCUGUUAUUCAAGGAUCUAAUAAAGAGAAAAAAACUCUGGGAAACGAAGGUACGCACAAUCCACAUUCAAGUCUGGCAGCCGCCACUCUUAAUUUUGGGGAUUCUAAACGAAAUUCGGUAAAAUCUAUAAGGUCGCCUUCACCUUCAGAAGGAAAAGGAAAAUUAAUGAUUUAAAUAUAAUUACUCUC